AUGGAUCCCAUCAUCACUUUCAGCAACGAUAACGCAUCCUCUCACUCUUAUCAUCAUUAUCAUCACAAUCAGGUUCUUCCUCUUCUUCCUCCAGAAACGAUAAAUCCAAAACUUCUUCUUCCUUCCUCUUCCUCUUCUUCCUCUUCUUCCUCUCAGAGGCGACCUUUAUAUUCAAUCAAUCAGAAUACUUUGCUGCAAUCACAUCCUCAACCUCAACCUCAAGUCCAGAGUCAACCGAUUAAUCUUUCCUCAUUUGAUAUUGCAACACAAGAUAAAAUCGCUUCAAAUCCUUUUCAUCCUUUGAAUCAGCCUCAGAAAGAGUAUAAUUCAAUCUGGUUAUCAGAAGAUUGGAAUUCGCUGCCUUUCUCUACAACAUCAACUCCAUCCCAGUACACUUCCGAUACGACUAGAUAUUCCAAUAUCACUCCUGUCAAUCCAGACCCAUCUUCCUCGUUCGCCACUACGACCUCGAUCCCACUUCACUAUACACAAAAUACCUUUCCUUCUCUUGAAUCCCUCGCUAAUCAAGUUGAGUACGAUCUCUUCGUCAACAACUCGUCCACUACCAUCGUACGACCAUUCGUGCCUUUCUCGGAAGUUAAUAAUCAGCUCAACUAUCCUCUUCCAUCUAUUGGAUACGGUCAACCUCGACCUCGACCUCACCUUCAACCAAACGACUUCCCGUCUUCUUCAUACUCCAACCAACCUUUUGUACCUCCUACUUCAUCCUUCGGCGAAUACCCAGCCCAUGGUAUGGAUAUGGCUCAACCACCUUGGGAUAUCUCGAUGACAGGUAGAUCACAAACCUUUCCAUUCAACCAGAUGAUCCCUUUAGCCUAUACCCAUCGGGGAUAUACAAUCUCUUCCGAAAGAGAUCAACAACAAGGUAUCACCGUGGGUAUGGGUCAUCAAGGUCUACCAUACCAUUUAGGUCCAGCAAUCGAUCAUCCAUCCUCUUCGGUGGAUCAAGAUCGUCCUACUUCAUGGGACAUAUCGGUACUGCCACAAUCGAUCGUUCCUAUCGAAAACAGUCAUAAUGAGAAUCACGAGGAAGUAGCAGAAGAGGAAACUGAAUUAGAUUCAGAUGACGAAUUCGAUAAUCACCAAAGAGACCUAUUAAAACAUCAAGAUAUACCUGUUGGUGUCGAAAGUGAAGGUAUGGGUAUCAACAGUGGCCCAAUCGAUAUAGAAUUAUCAUCUUCUUCAACCUCAUCUUCGAUUUCAGAUUCUCAUUCCAACGACAAGACGACCGUUCUAGCUUUCGGAGAAAUCGCUUCCUCCGAAGUGGCGUCGCCUCACAGUAAAUCAGUACCUGGAUAUCAACCUUACGUACCUAAAUCUACUCAUUCGCCUAUUCUCUUGUCGACCAAUUCAUCGUCAGAAUACGAGUACGUCCAAGAGGGGGAAGAAGGGGAGGAGGAGGAGCAGGUUAGUAGGAAUGGGAGAAAGAAAGUUAAGAAGAACAAGAAAGAUAAGAAGAACUUCAAAGGUAAAGGUAAAGGUAAAGUGGGAUGUAAAAAGCGAUCAAGUAACACUAGCAGUAGUGCCUCAAGUUAUAAAGCUACUUCCAGUAGUAGCGUCAGUGUCAGCGGAGGUAUCGGAAGAAGAUUAGGAAGUGGCGGAGCCAAGGUACCGACUGGUGCUUUCUUAUUUUGGAUGAUGAAGAUGCUCGCAUUCGACGUAUACCCCGAAUACGUGAUUAUGAAAAAUCAAGUUGCCUAUAUACCUGAUACAGAAGCCUUCGCAAAACAUGGUCAGAUGACUCCCUUUUUCGUGUGUGCCACUAAGCUGAUUCGAGGAGUUGUUUACCCAACUGUAGUAUAUUCGAUCUUCUCCAAGACCAAUCAAUGGACAUCGUUCCAAAGGAAUCUUAACAACUAUAUCAAGGAUUGGCCAUUUGAGAGACGUGCUGUGCUCAACACAGGACUGAGCUCUCAGACCAUCGAAAUUCCAACCAUCGAUGAGCUCUGCCUUGCAUGGAGAAAGCAUAGAUUGAACGAGGAGACCCUCCAGCAAGAGAGGAAUGAGCUGGAACAAUGGGUCAAGAAGAACAAACCUACUCGAACGACCAGACGGAUCAAAGCUCCCCUGGAGAUCGAAUUCAAGAGGAAGAGCAAUAAAUUCGAUAAACUGCAGGGAGGUGGACAUAACAAAGGAACUGAGAAGAGGGUUAGAGAUCAGAAGAAGAAGAAAGCAAAAACCCAAGUCAUGAUCGAAGCUGAUGAAGAAGGAAGAGGAGGAGAGGAUGAGGAGAUUGACGAAUUAUAUUCAGAAGAAGAAAGUAAACCUAGUGAAAUUCAAGGCCGAUCCCAAAAACAAAAUGAUAAUCAACCUCUAAGAGCAUCAUCUUCAUCCUCGUCAUCAUCCACCGGACCAUACUGGCGCACUUCCGAUACCAAUACUCAGAACGAUCGUAGUGUGACUCGAAUCAAUUCAUCGGAGAGGAUCCAUUUGAGAUUGAGGUUGGAUGGAAGUACAUUCUCAGUCACUCCUGAGAAACCGAAAGAUAAUCGUAAAAGAAAAUUUGGAUCUUUGAGUGAUGAAGGGGAUGAUGAGGAAAGCCAAGAGCUUAAUUGUCCGAAAGAGUUGUAUACCCCUUCACCGACAUUCACCGAUUCUUCUAUCACUCCCCAAACAGCCAGUAAUUUCGACCCGGCCCUCGGUCAACCGUCUUCGAAAGAAAACGUGAGGGAUAAUUGCCAACUUCCAACUCCCGUAUCGAUGCCUAAGCCAGUAAGAUCCGAAAAGAGCCCUGAGUAUAUGAAUGUACCUUCUUCUCCGAUCGAGAACGAAGGUCAUUCUCAAGGUUCCAGCAAUGCUUCCAUAUCUAGUGGUGAUUUGGUAGAAAAUGACGUUUUCGGUCCGAUCAUUCAGGUCGGGAAGAGUAAAGGAAAAGGUAAAGAGAGGGAGUAA